CUUCUGCCUUUCAAACUACCUCCUGCACUUGUCACUUUUUCAACCUGAGCACCAGUUUUCUCAUCCUGUUCAUUCCACAGCCAUUUUCACCCUUUCUCAUCCACACUGCGCGUUGCUGUAUGUCCAUUCGUCUCCACCGCCUCUGUCAUCUAUAGAGCAUCUCCUUCUGCUUUCCUGACACAAUGCUUUGGGUAGCUAAAUGUUUUACAUUCUCCAGCCCUGGAAUCAUUUGGAAGGUUUUCUCAGCUUCUCUGCAUUGUGGCAAGCUUUCUGUUUCGGGAAAAUUAGAAACUAGGAUGGAGAAGUGCACAUUGGAGAAAUCUGAACAAAUUCAUCAGCUUCUACAAAGAGAGCAGCAAAAACAUCCAGAACCUGUGCAUCCAUCUAAAAGAAUUCUGAGUAAGUCCUAUAUUGAAGACCUGGAAAAAGAGAAAAACACACAAAAAAAUGUGGAACAAGCAGUAAAAAGACUAAGAAUAGCUCAUGAAGAGAUUCAAAGACUCACUGAUAAACUACAAAGGAAGGAGAAAGAAAAAUGUCAAUUAGAUUCUGCACUUGAAAAGGCUCAACUAGAAAUUGAGAAAUUGAAAGAAAAUUUAAUAAGUAUGAAAGAAAAUGAUUCAGCUGACCUAAAAAAAGCAAAAGAACAUAAUCGGAGACUGGAUGAAGAAAUUCUGGCUUUAAGAAAUCGUGUUAGAUCACUUGACUCAGAUAAGAAAGUGCUUGGAGAAGUGGUUGACAGACUUAAGGAAGAGAUCUGUGAAUCUCAAGAGAAUAAGCAAUUUGGAAAUCAUUCUCCUCAAAAAUCUGUGGGUGCUGAACAGAGAAUAGAGGAAUUGCAAAAGUCAAAAUCAGAGCUUAUAUUCCUCUAUAAUGAAAUCCAAAGUCUUCCAGGGGCAUCAGAAGACAGAGACAAAUUUUUAAUAGAAUAUGACCUGUUACAAAAAGAGAAUUCUGAAUUAGAGAUAAAGGUCUUGAAGCUUUCAUAUGAAUUUGAACAACUAAAUCAUUUUACUAUAGGAAGAGAAACUGAAGCCGCUAAUUUAAUUGCAAAUGAAAAUUCCUGUAAAGAUCUUCUGUCUAAAGUACCAAUUUUGGAAGUAGAGAUUGAAAGCCCAAAAGAAGAGAGAGAGGAAUUCUGUCCCAAAUUAGGACACAUUGAACAGAAGGAAAUUCCAGAGGAGUCAGUAAAGGAGGGUGCUUUUCCAAGAGAGAGUCAGACAGAGGAAGAUUCACCACAGAAUCAAGAUAAGCAAAAUGAAGAACCGUUGACCUUGAAGCCUAAGGACUUUGUAAGGCUUAGAGAAGAGCUGGUCCGUAUAAAUCAGAACUUCCUUCAGUCUCAGAGCUCUGGGGAUAGUUCAGAUGACAGUAGUGCCCAGUAUCCGCCACCUGGUGAAAAACUGAAAUACCAGCAGCAAGAGGAUGUACAACAGCUUCGCCGAAAUUUGCACCGACUCCAGAUUCUAUGCAACUCGGCUGAAAAAGAGCUUCGAUACGAACGAGGGAAGAACUUAGACUUAAAGCAACAUAAUAGUUUACUUCAAGAAGAAAACAUUAAGAUCAAAAUUGAACUAAAGCAGGCCCAACAGAACUUAUUAGACAGUACAAAGAUGUGCUCUUCACUCACGGCAGAGUGGAAACAUUGUCAGCAGAAAAUCAAAGAACUGGAGCUAGAAGUACUUAAACAGGAUCAGAGCAUUAAAUCACAGAACAACCUACAGGAAAAGCUGGCUCACGAGAAAUCUAAAGUUGCUGAUGCAGAGAAAAAGAUUUUCGAUUUGCAACAGAAAUUAGAACAUGUUAACAAAGUCUGUCACUCAGAUACUUGUAUUUUGGAGAAGAAGCAACUAGAAGAAAGGAUAAAAGAAGCAGUAGAAAGUGAAGCUAAAAUAAAGCAACAAUAUCAAGAAGAACUAGAGAAGAGGAAACUCCUAGAUCUGAAUAUAGAUGAGCUACAAAGGCAAGUGGGACUCUUACAGGAUAAAGAGAAUCAACUGGAAAUGACCAGUUCUCAGCAACUAUCCAGAAUUCAGCAGCAAGAGAUGCAACUUAAACAACUAGAAGAUGAAAAAAGAAUGUCUGAGGCGCAUUUCAAGAGCAACCAGGAAUUGUCAGAAAAGUUGUCUGGGUUGCAGCAAGAGAAGAAAGCUCUCUGUGAAGAAUAUGGGCAAUUUCUGAAGCAAUUUGAUGUCCAUGUGAGAAACUGUAAUGAAAAGCACUAUCACCACAAAGCUAAGCUUCGCAGAGUCAAGGAUCGUUUGGUUCAUGAAGUAGAACUGCGAGAUGAAAGAAUUAAACAACUGGAAAAUGAAAUUGGAACACUACAACAACAAACAGAAAAGGAGAAGGCAUUCCAGGACCAGGUCAUUGCCCAAAAUAAUACCUUACUCCUAGAUAAAAGGAAACUCCUGAAACAACUGACAGAGCAAGACGAAUUGAUCCACGGCAACAAAUGGAUAAUCACUUCCAUCCAGAGCAGAGUAUUCAUCCUGGAUAAAGAAAAUAAACAAUUACAGGAAAACAGAAUCCGGCUCACACAGAAGGUUGAAGUCUUAGAACGCAUUUUAAGGAGCAUCCAGAUUCACAAAGGAAAGGAAACAAUGAGUUGCAUCCCUGAAUUUGAAACACUGAAUAAAAUCUUGUCCUUACCAAACUCCAGUUUUUCAGGAACAAGUGUUGUAGCAUCAAUUGGAAGUAUUCAAGAGGCUGGAGAACAUAAGUCAGAAGAAGCAAUGGCAAACUCCAAGUCCCUUGAUAUUAUCUCAUGUUCACAGACUUCAGAAGCUGGAUAUAUUAAUGUUGCUUCUCUAAGAGAGACACAUACCACCCAAGAACAAGACUACAAAUCAGAACUAUAAAAUCACUGGUGCCUAAAACUAGACUGAUCAAUGGAACUAACUUAAAGCUUGGGCAUGAAUGUGGAACAUGAAGAAGAAUUACCUCAGGUUCCCCACUGGAAAACAAACUGGAAUCUUCAAAAUUGCUGAUAAAUUUAUUAAACUAGUUUUUUAAGUGGA